AUGUUUCUCACCCGGUCUGAGUACGACAGGGGUGUGAAUACUUUUUCUCCUGAAGGAAGAUUAUUUCAAGUGGAAUAUGCCAUUGAAGCUAUCAAGCUUGGUUCUACAGUCACUGGGAUCCAGACAUCACAAGGUGUGUGCCUAGUUGUGGAAAAGAGAAUCACCUCCCCACUCAUGGAGCCUAGCAGCAUUGAGAAAAUUGUAGAGAUUGAUGCUCACAUAGGUUGUGCCAUGAGUGGGCUAAUUGCUGAUGCUAAGAUUGAUAAAGUCAGAGUGGAGACACAGAAUCAUUGGUUCACCUACAAUGAGACGAUGACAGUGGAGAGUGUGACUCAGGCUGUGUCCAAUCUAGCUCUGCAGUUUGGAGAAGAAGAUGCAGAUCCAGGUGCCAUGUCUCAUCCCUUUGGAGUAGCACUGUUAUUUGGAGGAGUUGAUGAGAAAGGACCCCAGCUGUUUCAUAUGGACCCAUCGGGGACCUUUGUACAGUGUGAUGCCCGAGCAAUUGGCUCUGCUUCAGAGGGUGCCCAGAGCUCCUUGCAAGAAGUUUACCACAAGUCUAUGACUCUGAAAGAAGCCAUCAAAUCUUCACUUAUCAUACUCAAACAAGUAAUGGAGGAGAAGUUGAAUGCAACUAACACAGAGCUAGCCACAGUGCAGCCUGGCCAGAAUUUCCACAUGUUCACAAAGGAAGAACUGGAAGAGGUUAUCAAGGACAUUUAAGGAAGCAUGAUCCUCAGAACUUCUGUGGGACAAUUUCAGUUCUAGUUGCCCGUAAAUUUUAUUUC